AUAUGUAUAUGUGUAUAAUUUUUUUCAAGCCAAUUGUUUUUUCAUAGUGCACGUUGCACUGUAAAUACAACGGCGGGAAGGGAAACAAAGCGUAGCGGAGGAGGGAGGAGCAGUAGGAGGCGCCAUGCAGGAGGAGGUAUCGAAUUUUGGCCAAUCAAAAAAAGGUGACUUGUGUGGACGUCAUUAGCAUGUGGGUCUGUAAAUAGAGCGGGCGCGAGGCGGGCGUUAGUCAUUUUCUGUUCGUUUAUUCGACAAGCAGCAUCAUGCCCGAUCCAGCCAAGACCGCGCCCAAGAAGGGAUCAAAGAAAGCCGUGACCAAGACGGCCGGCAAAGGAGGCAAGAAGCGCAGAAAGUCCAGGAAGGAGAGCUACGCCAUCUACGUGUACAAGGUCCUGAAGCAAGUGCACCCUGAUACCGGCAUCUCAUCCAAGGCCAUGGGCAUCAUGAACUCCUUCGUGAAUGAUAUUUUUGAGCGCAUCGCCGGUGAGUCUUCUCGUCUGGCUCAUUACAACAAGCGUUCCACUAUCACCUCCAGGGAGAUCCAGACCGCCGUGCGCCUGUUGCUUCCCGGCGAGCUGGCCAAGCACGCCGUGUCCGAGGGCACAAAGGCCGUCACCAAGUACACCAGCUCCAAGUGAAGCGCGUUACCGCCGUCUUCA